AUGGCCCUUCCUUGGAAUCUUACAUUUGCUCUUAUUCGUAACACUCCAUGUACCUCUGCUUCGUUUUCUGUCCUCUUCUUCCGUACUCUUUUUUUUUCUCUUUUCUCUACCAUCGGACUUGAGACGAAAUCGUCAUGUUUUCAGUCAAUUUACAUCUCAAAUUCCAGGAUUUUUAUUUUCCUUUCCAUGUGGUGUGAGAAAUUCGAGAGUGAUAAUAGCGAAUUAAGAAAAAAUACAUUGAUCACAGAUGGGCUGAUGACGGUUGUGGGUAGAUUUAUCCAGAUAAUACUCGGAUGUAAUGAUCCCAUAUAGAAAGACCAUAAUGAGAUGUCAAUAACAAUAACAAUAACAUUCAUUCUUAAACUGUGUAUGUCUUGUAGCACAACAUUCAGGGGAAAAUGUUGUUCUUAUUAAAGAUAGCUGUGGCACCUGAACGUGGCUGAUGUAACCUUCAUAUGUUUUCAUAUUCAUGUUAUUAUUUAAAUGUAUGCCUUAUACUUGUAUGAAGGAUGAUAUGAGAUCAAGCCUGUACAUAAAGUAAAUGAUCAGUAUUUGAUAUAAAGUACCAAUAACAAUUAUAUUUAGGAUUAUCAAAUGGAAGAUUUAAGAAGUGUAGAUAGAGUCAUAUAUUAAGUAUAUAGCCUCGAUCACGACA